UUUCUAUCACUCGAAGUGGACAGUGGGCUUGAAAUGACUCAGCCUCUUUAAAAUAAGGCAGCUCUCCAGAUCCGCCGAUAGAAUCAAUCUACGGUUUGUUCUUUAAACAUGCAACCCGAAGAGCCUAAUUUCAGGAGUACAGGGAAGAACGUUUAAAGUUCUCGUGGCAAAAAGCCACGAUCGGGACAAAAGCAGAGGUUGCUUCCUUGCACACAACUUUUUCAGGUGCUAGAAUGCAAGCAAGAAGCACGCCCAGACCCCGACCAGGUUGCAUUGGGAUGCAAAUGAGCUGAAGCGCGUGCUCCUCGCAAGGAAGAGGGAUUGUUUAUGGAACCUCAGCCAGAGCCACGCGCCGGGCGUACGAAGUUGCCAAGCGAGCUUCCCAUUGGGUGGGAGGCAGCUGGGGAGCCAAGCGGGCGGCGGGGAUUGUGUGUGUGUGUGGCGCACGGCGCGUCGCGUGCUGCUCCCGGGGGCCCGCGAGCGGCGGCAGUAGCAGCGCGUGUUGAUAAGGGGCCGAGCAGCGAGGACCUCGCAGUAGAGGCGUCUUGACAGAGCGCAAAGGAGCAAGCCUGCAAGAAAGGAGAAAGGAAGCCGCGUUCCUUCCAAAGGCAGCUAGGAGUCCUUGCACAGGUUGCGCACCCAAUUUUGACAUCCUUAAGAAGCGAAGCGCCCAUUUUUCAAUCUUUGGUUUGUUUGUUUGUUUUUGUUUUUUACCGCCGCUGAUUUUGGGCAGCAAACUCGGACUUUUCGCAAAUUGCACCUACACGAAGACCAACACCGGGGUAAAUGCCCCACGAUGAACAGCGGGGCUCUAGGAACAACCAUGCAACCAACAGCCCACGCCGUUUGCAAAAGUUACUCGCUGCACGGUUACAAUAGCAGCGGCGGCUCUUUGGGGCUCAAGAUGCAAGCGGGACACAGCGCGGGUUCCUCUUCGUCCGGGAUGCCCCAACCGUGGGGUGUUGCCACGGGCUGUUCCGGCCAGAUUCAGCCGUCCAACUCGGCCACGCGCUGCAAAGGCUCCAAGCGGCGCUCGAGCUCGCCGGAGCUGCUGCGUUGCAAGAGGCGCUUAGCCUUCCCGGGUUUGACAGCGCAGCAAGGCGGAGGAAGCGGCGGCGCGGCGGCCGUGGCGCGGCGCAAUGAGCGGGAGAGGAACCGCGUCAAGCUGGUGAACCUGGGUUUCCAGACCUUGCGCCAGCACGUGCCCAACGGCGCAGCUGCCAAGAAGAUGAGCAAAGUGGAGACCCUCCGCUCCGCCGUGGAAUACAUCCGCGCUUUGCAGCAGUUGCUGGACGAGCACGAUGCCGUCAGCGCCGCCUUCCAGGACGGUCUCCUGCCGGCUGGCCGUGACGCUGCCUCCGUUGCUUGCGCUGGAAGCGGCAGCAGCUCGUAUUCCUCCGCCUCGCCCUCUUUUGACGGCCACGAGGGCAGUUCUGUGCCGGGUUCCCCGCGCUCGGCUUAUUCGUCGGACGAGAGUGGCUACGAGGGGGCGCUCAGCCCGGAGGAACAGGAGCUGCUCGAUUUCACGAGUUGGUUCGGGAACUGCUGAGCUGGAACGCAAUACUGAAAGCAACACUGUGUAGAACCUCAGUACCUCAUUGUCCCAGGCUCCGAUGCAGCAGAAGAGCACCAGGAAUAUCCUAUUUUAACAUGCACCUAACUCUCUUCAAGCCUCAUUGCAAAGGAUGUUGGACAGUCAGAUCUUUCUAACUACAUUCUCUGGGUGUUUGUUUAUGAAACAAAAGACUGGUGAUUUUGAUUCUUUUUUUAAAAAAAGUGCAAUUAUGUAAAUACUUUCUAGGGGCCAUAGUUUUUAUCUGCUGUUGUACAGCAGUUUAUGGUACCCUCUGACUCUUGAACAACCAAUGAAAAGGCUGCUUCUCUGAAUCUAGUGGCAGCUAGAGAUCUGUUGGGCUUCCAAUGUAAUGUCUGUCAACUUUAUAAGGGGAGGGGUGAAAUAAUUAAAACUUGAUGUUUCCUUUUUCUGAAUGGGAAGGGGACUAUUUGAACGUCAGAAGUAGACUUUAUUUGUGUAACUUGAGCUGCCUAAGGGAACAAAUAUGAAGACUUAUUUUUGUGCAAGUCUCCUUAAUGCAAGAGGAAAGAUUUAUAGAAAAUUGCUUAUUAACCCUAUCAGCUAGAAAGUUUGAGAACUUACCCAACCUAGACAAAUUUCUUAACGUUUUGUACUAAGGAAGCAUAGAGCUGUUUAUCUUAAAUGUUUUGAGGAUGUUGUUCUCUUGUUUAUUUUGGGUCUGGUGUGAAGGUUCAUUUAUCUAAAAAACAAACUGAAGUUUUAUUUUUAAUGUAUUGAAGGUAUUUUUGUAUGCACUUGCUAGAUUUAUUGACUUGCAUAUAUGCAGUUUUUAAAGAGUAUCAUAUUUUAUGUAAAUCAACUUUAUAAAUAAAAUCUAUUUAUAAUA